ACUGUGGCGGAGGGGCCCGGCUGCGAGCGGCGACGGCAGCGGCGGGGAGCCGACGCAGGGUGUCGCCAUGGUGAUGGCGGUGGAGGACAGCAAGGUGCAGGUUGUGGUGCGGGUCCGGCCCCCCACCCCACGGGAGCUGGAGAGUCAGCGGCGGCCUGUGGUUCAGGUGGUAGAUGAGCGAGUGCUGGUGUUUGACCCUGAGGAGCCCGAUGGGGGCUUCCUUGGCCUGAAGUGGAGCGGCACCCAUGAUGGCCCCAAGAAGAAGGCCAAAGACCUGACAUUUGUCUUUGACCGGGUCUUUGGCGAAGCAGCCACCCAACAGGACGUGUUCCAGCACACCACCCACAGCAUUCUGGACCGCUUCCUUCAGGGCUACAACUGCUCAGUGUUUGCCUAUGGGGCCACCGGGGCUGGGAAGACACACACCAUGCUGGGGAGGGAGGGGGACCCCGGCAUCAUGUACCUGACGACCAUGGAACUGUACAAGCGGCUUGAAGCCCACCAGGAGGAGAAGCGAUUCGAGGUGCUCAUCAGCUACCAGGAGGUGUACAAUGAGCAGAUCCACGACCUCCUGGAGCCCAAGGGGCCCCUUGCUAUCCGUGAGGACCCCGACAAGGGUGUGGUGGUGCAAGGACUUUCCUUCCACCAGCCAACCUCAGCUGAGCAGCUGCUGGAGAUGCUGACCCGAGGGAACUGCAACCGCACGCAGCACCCGACGGAUGCCAACGCUACUUCCUCCCGCUCCCAUGCCAUCUUCCAGAUCUUCGUGAAGCAGCAGGACCGGGUUCCAGGUCUGACUCAGGCCCUUCGAGUGGCCAAGAUGAGCCUGAUUGACCUGGCUGGUUCGGAGCGGGCAUCCAGCACCCAUGCAAAGGGGGAGCGGCUUCGGGAGGGUGCCAACAUCAACCGUUCCUUGCUGGCCCUCAUCAAUGUCCUCAAUGCCUUGGCCGACGCGAAGGGCCGCAAGUCUCAUGUGCCCUACCGGGACAGCAAGCUGACCCGUCUGCUCAAGGACUCCAUUGGGGGCAACUGCCACACGGUGAUGAUCGCUACUGUCAGCCCCUCCAGUCUGGCCUAUGAGGACACUUACAACACCCUCAAGUAUGCCGACCGCGCUAAGGAGAUCAAGCUCGCGCUUAAGAGCAACGUGAUCAGCCUGGACUGUCACAUCAGCCAGUAUGCCACCAUCUGCCAGCAACUGCAGGCUGAGGUGGCCACCCUGAGGGAGAAGCUCCAAGUAUACGAGGCAAGAGCCCAGGCCCCACCACAGGACCUCCUGAAAUCCCCCAAAUCGGGCUCUUCCCAGCAACUCCUUCCCAGCCCACCCUGUACCCCAGAGCUCCACCCAGGGUCUGCAGUCCUUCAAGAGGAGAGCCUGGGGCUAGAGACCCAGGUGGGGAGGGUUAUGGAAGAGAACCCUCCAGACCAGGAGCCACUCCAAAACGACAAGGACAAAGGCCUGGUGGAGGAGGUUCUAAUCCAGGGACCAGAGCAGACCCUCAGGCACCCACUGCCAACGUCCCCUGGCCUGACCCUGCAGCCCAAGCCAGACGUGGGCUGCCUCUCACCACAGAACUUGGACAGGGACAGUUCUAAGCAGUUGGCCCUGAAGAUGCUGUGCCUGGCACAGCGGCAGUACUCCCUGCUCCAGGCGGCCAACCUGCUCACCCCCGACAUGAUCACAGAGUUCGAGACCCUGCAGCAGCUGGUACAAGAGGAAAAAGCUGAGCCUGGAGCAAAGGCCUCAGGCACACCUGGCCCAGCCAAGGGGGUACCUCUGGAGCCCUGCUCAGAGUCAGAUUCUCCAGGCUAUUCUGGCCCUGUGACCCGGACCAUGGCAAGGCAACUAGGUGGCCUCAUGCACACUCUGGGGGUCCUCCCAGGGUCUGACUGCAUCCCAGCCCAGGUAUCCCGGCGGCCCACAGAGAGGAGGAGGAGGAGGAAACCAAGCCCCUCAGAACCAGAUGGCCCCCCAGCCCCGAAGCUGGGGACCAAGCGCCAGCGCCAGUCCUUCCUGCCCUGCCUGAGGAGGGGCUCCCUGCCUGAGGCUCAGCCUUCACUUGGGCCCAGCACCCCCAAAGGGGGAAAGGCCUCCUCCUCCUGCCACUCCCCUCGCAUCUGCCCAGCCACAGUCAUCAAAAGCCGUGUGCCUCUGGGCCCCUCUGCUGUGCAGAACUGUUCCACCCCCCUGGUCCUGCCUGCUCGGGACCUCAACACCACAUUUGAUCUCUCGGAGGAGGCCCCCUCAAAGCUGGGUUUCUGUGAAUGUGCUGGCUGGGAGAAUGCCCCCCAGGAGCUGAAUGUGCUGGAUCCGCCCCUCAUCCCCAGUGGACCUGUGCCCCCGUUCACCAUGAAAGGCCCCAAAGCAACCUCUUCCUUCCCUGGAACCUCAGCCUGCAAGAAGAGGAGAGUUACGAGCUCCUCAGCCUCCCAAUCACUGAGAGUGGCCCGGGGCCGCAGCAGCCGCAUUGCCCGCCUCCCCAGCAGCAACUUGAAGAGGCCAGCCUGGCCCCUUGCAAUCCCAGCCAACUGGCCUGCAGAGCCCCCCUCCAGUCCCCGCUGCCCUGGCAACCAGAGGAGCCAGCAGGAACCGAUGGGGAUUGGGGGAGCCUUGUCAUCUGGGAGCUGUAUCAGCAAGGCAUCUUGACCCACCAGUCCCUUGUGGUCCCUGGAACUGCCUGCACCAGGAGCCCUGACCUGCCUUCCUUGGUCGGAGCAAUUAAUGCCAACACCCUCUUCCUUUCUUGACACUUGUCGCUAGCCACUCAUUCUGCUACCUGCCCUCUUUAUCAAUUUCUCGUUAUACUUAGCUUCUUAGCAUGUAUAUAUUCAUCUUGAGUGUUAGCAUGUUGCUAUUCUAAAGGUGCAGCCAUCAUACCCCCCUAGUUCAUAACACUCUCCAUGCAAGCAGGUGGCUCUGGGGGGGACUUUGCUCCCCACAUCCCAUCUCAGGGCUCUAUGCAGUCAUGGCUGCUGUGCAAUGGAGAAGGGAUGAGGAUGGCAUGGGAUGGGGAUGGGGACCUGCUGGGGGCUCCCAGCUCAACUCUCCCUGGUUUGUGAGGCAGGAUGGGGGGCCUUCAGCCUCCUCCCUGCAGCCUGGAGCAGGAAGCCCAGCCCCAGGCCACCAUCCUGGUGAUGAUGCAGAUGAUAGUAGUGUCUUGAUUUCCAAAUGAAGACAGUUCUAUGGCUUUUGCCUUAUUGUAAACAGGAUGCACACUCAGUGUAAAAAGAAGUGUAAAGAAGAAUGGGUAAUUCAGCUUUAAUGCUACCACCUGGAUAGAAGAGCUGUUAAUACUCGGGUUUAUAUCCUCUGAUCCUUUAUGUCUGCAUAUAUACAUAUAUAUAUAUACAUGUAGAUAUAGAUCUAUUUUUUUAUUAUAAUGAUUAAUAAAGCAUCUCCAUCCUU